UUGUGGCAUCUCCACGUUAGUACCGAAACACCGCGGAGAGUGGAUCACUGUCCGUGCUGCUCUGGUUAGCUCGGGACAUGACUCGGGACAUGACUGAUUGCAGUUAGCUAAGUACCGGCUAUCGAGAAGAUUCUUUUUUUCUGAGAAAAGGGAAAAGUGGAUAUAGAGGGCAAAGAAACCGUCUUUCUACAAGAACGGUCGCGAUCUAAAACGGCCGGGUUCGCUUACAGUAAAGACAAUAACCUUACUUGAUGCUGCUACUGAAGGAGUCGGUCAAGUGCGAUGAACUUUGGGCUUUUCAUUGGUGUGUAGUUUUAUAGUUAGCAACUUUCUCAGGGUGAAAUUAACUGCACUUCAGUGGGCAUUAUCACGAGAGGAUGUCGCCAGCCUACGGAUUCCGAACAUGUUAACAGUAAAUGAUUUACUAAAGCAUUUCUGCGGCGAGCCCACGUUGCUGAUAACAGGUAUUGUUGGAGACGUUGUGGCUCUUUCGUAAAGUGCACUUUCAAGGUUACUAAUCAGCCAGCGACUUUGAUGACAAUUAAAUAAGACUUGCGCUCUCUUGGGCUACUCCCACUAGAGAUAACAGAGCUCAGUACACAAAGAAAGGUGAGACAGUGUGUCAACGGUGUAAAAAGGAAAUAAAAAAACUUACAGGAGAAAACGGCGUGGGCUUCUAACAUUCAUAUGAGUGAGGAUAACUUAACGACAUUCAUGAAGGGUCAGUUUGUCAUUCAGCUCUCACUGUAAAUCUGCAACUGAGCUUUUUUUCUAGUAUGCAAGUGCACUCUUGAAGGCUAUUGUAGCAUUCUCGCAAGGAAACAAUUCACUUCACUUUAUCAUUAAAGCGUAAACCGCAUAAACCAGCAACAGAGCGGCUAAAAGCUCGCCGGAGACGCCGUAGUUUAUUGCACCGUCGAGACUGAUCCAAGACAAACGCCGAGUGAUAUCCCUCGCGCUCAGACCAUGGCCUCCUCCUCCUCCUCGCGGAACAGCUGCUUCUGGUUGCUCUGGAGACGGACCUUCCUCGCGCUAUCCGUGUGUGCGCUUGGGGCGCGUGGAGCGGAGGACGACAGCACCUUCAACGCAGAGUCAUGGCUGAGGAUGUACGGUUACCUACCCCAGGCCAGCAAACAGAUGUCAACCAUGCGAUCAGCUCAGAUCCUGUCCAGCGCCGUCAGCGACAUGCAGCGGUUCUACGGCCUGGAGGUCACAGGACAGAUGGACGCUCAAACCGUCAGUGCCAUGAAGAGACCCCGCUGUGGUGUGCCUGACAAGUUUGGAGGCCAGAUCAAAACCAAUGUGCGGCGGAAACGCUAUGCACUCACUGGACACAAAUGGAACAAGAACCACCUCACUUACAGUAUCCAGAACUACACUCCCAAGAUUGGAGAGUAUAACUCAUACGAAGCCAUUCGGCGGGCUUUUAAGGUCUGGGAGGCGGUGACCCCAUUGACCUUUGAUGAAAUCCCCUACCAGGAGAUCAAAUAUGGACGCCGUAAGGAACCUGACAUCAUGAUCUUCUUUGCUUCGGGUUUUCAUGGAGACAGCUCUCCGUUUGAUGGGGAGGGAGGCUUCCUAGCACAUGCCUACUUCCCUGGACCUGGAAUGGGUGGAGACACACACUUUGACUCUGAUGAACCAUGGACCAUAGGAAACCAGAAUGUACAAGGUAAUGACCUCUUCCUAGUGGCAGUCCACGAGCUGGGACACGCCCUGGGUUUAGAGCACUCCAACAACCCACUGGCCAUCAUGGCUCCCUUUUACCAAUGGAUGGAAACUGAGAACUUCCAGUUGCCUGAUGAUGACCGGCGCGGCAUACAGCAGAUUUAUGGUCAGCCAGACAGCGGCCCAACUCAGGCCCUGCCCACCGUGAUUCCCCGUCGCCCAGAGCCAAGGCCACCAAAAACACCUCCUCGGCAUCCUGACCGCCCCAAGACCACCGAAAGACCUGAUCAUUAUGGACCCAAUAUCUGUGAAGGGAACUUUGACACGGUUGCUAUGCUUCGAGGAGAGAUGUUUGUUUUCAAGGGCCGUUGGUUUUGGCGGGUUCGAAGGAACAGGGUUCUGGAUAACUACCCCAUGCCCAUCAGUCACUUCUGGAGGGGUCUGCCUGGAGACAUAGAUGCUGCCUAUGAGAGACACGACGGCAGGUUCGUCUUCUUUAAAGGAAACAGAUUCUGGCUUUUCAGGGAGGCUAAUCUGGAACAGGGAUAUCCACUGGAGCUGGUGGAUUAUGGUCGAGAUAUUCCCUACGAUCGAAUAGACACAGCCAUCUGGUGGGAGCCAUCCGGCUACACUUACCUCUUUCAAGGAGACUGGUACUGGCGCUUCAGCGAGCAGUCACGCUCGGCUGACAGAGGCUACCCGAAACCAAUCAGCGUCUGGGGAUCAUCUGUGCCUUCCACUCCCAAGGGGGCUUUCCUUAGUGAUGAUGGGGCAUACACCUUCUUCUACAAAGGAUCCAAGUACUGGAAGUUUGACAACCACCGCAUGAAGAGCGAACCUGGUUACCCUAAGUCCAUUCUGAGAGAUUUUAUGGGCUGCAGUGUGGACCUGGACCCGGACAGAGACACAGACACAGACACAGACACAGACACCAGAGGAAAAUACCCAGAUGUGAACAGGCCACCAUUCAACCCAGAUGCAGGUAGUGAUGGCGACAAAGACAAAGAUCGGGAUGGAACAGAUCGAGGUGGAACAGACAAAGAUGCGGGCAAAGGCACGAACAACGACAAAGAGGAAGAAUAUCGUGAGGGUCGUGAGGAAGACACGAACGAGGUAGAUGUGGUGCUGAAGGUGGAUGACAGCGAGGAACGGACCAUGAAUAUCCUGAUGGUAACCAUCCCGCUGGUCCUGGUGCUGUGCAUCCUGGGACUGAUCUACGCCAUCAUCAAUACCCUGCAGAGCAAGGGGGCGCCUCGGCUGCUGGUGCACUGCAAGCGCUCGCUGCAGGACUGGGUCUGACCCCCAGCAGGGGACACUGAACUUUGAACUUAAACCAGACCUUGGACAUCAUCCUUCUCUAACCCAGCCCUCUUUCCAAGUGAUCCUUUUGUCUCACGUCUCUGUGCUCAGCGGCUCCUGCAAAUCGACGUACAUGUGGUAGAAGAUCCAAUCCUGUACUGAUAUAUGCACACACACACAUACACACAAACUACAAACAAGCAUAAAUUAUGUCUUACAUACACACGCACCCACAGACACAUACACACCAGCCUAAUCUCCUCCUGUCUCCCAUGGUGCUCUACAAUGCGUUGACUGUAGUCUAUUUAUAUGAGAGAAGUUUGCACAUUGUUUUUUUUUUUGUUUUUUUUUUUGUUUUGGUGAUGUUUUUGUUUUGAGUUAUUUUGUGUGACUUUUUUUUAUUGUUAUUAUUAUUGUUUCUAAAGCAGGAAGGCCCUUCUAUUCUCCUCCUUCCCCUAAUCUCAGUAGGGGUUUUUCCUCACUUAUAGCUUGACAUCUGCUUAUGCUAUCACUGUUGCCACAAAAGGAAGAAAUGCAGAGGCUUAGAAAAGGAAGAGUGAUUUGUGGACAGACCACUGUGCUUCAAGUAGGCUUCGGGAGUGUUCCUUCCUCCUCUCAUCAUUAUCUUACAUCUCUUCUCUUUUCUCUGCAGUGCAAUAUGUCAUGGGGUGGGAGGUGAGAUAAGAGAGGAACAUGGUUGGGUCACAACAAGCAUUUCAGUAUAGUCUACAUUAAGAGGUAUUUAGAAGCCUGGCUUGAGCCAAGAUAAUAUGCUCCGUUUGACUUGUGAUUAGGCUGUUCAUGUAACUCUGAAGGUUGGGUCAGAGUUCAGUUUGUUUAGGUUUCAGGGGGUAAUUACAGUAUUAUUACAAUUUAGAUCUUAUUUUUAAUGCUAGUUUCAUGCUCGUUUUUUGGAGUCUGGAAAUACAGUGAUAUUACUGAAAAAAUGUGCAUCAUACUGGCUUGUGUCUUAACUUUAAGAAAUCCAAACUGGAUGUGACAUUUGUCCAGCAUGCUGCCACUCUUUAAGCUGCUGGCUCGAGCUUUACUUUAAGUGUAUGGACAUGACUGUCAGCAAAAUUUAAAAAAAAAAAAAGAAGCAAAUAAGCAAAAUCUCAAAAUAUUGAAUAAUUCAGAUUGAUCAUGAUCCCUCCCUCAUCUGGCAAUUACCUUUAAUUAGUACAUUGUUAGCAGUUAGAAAUGUUGGCUAUAAAACCAAGAUCCAAGUUGUAAUAAAUAGCAACUACCCUUAUUAAUUUACAAUUAAAUGCAGACUACUACUGCCCUAUUUUCCAAAGUUGUCUUGUGUUCACAUAGUUGGGUCUACCUUCUUUCUUUUCCUUAUUUGGAAACUAUUUAAAGACCUCCUUGGCUGAAAGGGUAAACAGACUUUAAAGGGGACCUCUUCCCUUAGCUUUCAUUUAUGUGGCUAAUUCUCAGAGAGCCUCCUUUCUGUCAACAGUAAGACCUUUUCUUUGUGCUGCAGAGGAGACAGACCAAUGGUUAAGUAACGAAAUCAGCUCACUGUGAAAUAACACAAGGGAGGAAGCAUUCAUUGCAUCUGUGUGUGUGUGUGAGAGAGACAGAGAGAGAGAGGGAGAGAGACAUAAAACAGGGGAGAAACAAAGCAAAGCCUUAGCCUUUAAAUUCAGAACAGGAUGUUACACUGCAAAUGUAACACAGCGGUGGUAGGGUGUAGCUAAUGUACCAUGCAGGUUAAGAUGGACUUUUUACUGCUAGUGUUGUAAGAAACCUCAUUGAUGACCUGUGGUCUGUCUGUUGUAAAUAUAGCAUAGCUGUGAGCGCCAGGGUGGGCUCGGGCCGUGCAGGCUCAUGUGAACACGGACUAAUCCUCUUCAUUAAAAAACAGCAGGUGUGUGCAAAUGCUGCUAACCCCAUGCGACCCCUAAAGUAAACCUGAAACUCUCAGAACCAAAACACUCCACACUCCCUUUUCAUCUCGCAAGAACAGAGAUGGGAAAAUGUCAGACAAAUGUCCAUCUUAAAUACUCAGUAAAUCUCUAUUAAAGAUGGAUACCGGUGCUUUUGAACAUUUUCGCUAACUGUUCCUGUCAGCCACUGGUUUCCAUCUAUUUUCAUGAAGCAUGAAAAUCACCUUGCACACCAUGUGAAUGCAAAAAUUAACAAAACUCUAAGUCAAAACUCAAGUCAUUAUUUUUGUAAAAGUCAGUACAUUGAGCCAACCUACUGAUUUUUAUACAGAAUUAAUGGAAGUUGAUGGCUAAUUUGGUUGGGAUAAAAUGCACAGGAGUGGACGACUUUAGAGUUGGAGGAAGGCUUAUCUGAGGUAGCAUUAAGAAUUAAGCUGCCAGUCUGACCAGAGGGGGUUCAGUUUGCCCGGCUCAGGUUACACAGAUCUGAACAGGGAGGGCAAGGAGAGAUUUCCUGCAGCUGGGACAAGGAAAAGGGGGGAGGGAACAUCGAGGCUGACCUCGUGUCUCCGAGCUUGCAAAGUUUGGAUCUCAGGAAUAAGGAGGGGUUGGAAGAGGGAAAGAAAGAGGGAGAGAGUGGGGGGGCUUUGAUAGCUCUAUUCCACUGGCAACAGCUCAUGUGACCCAAAUUCUUCUACUAGCUCAACAACAGUGCUAGCCAAAUAGGAAACUUAAGCUUACAGUAGGUGACAGUUCCUUUUUAGGAAUGCUCUCUCUAAGUGUUUUGCUUGUAGUUUUGUAUGUAUCAUGACUUGUUUUAAAGCCUGCACAUUGAUUCCGAUUGUUUCUAAUCAGCAGCACGUCUGCUUCACCUGCCUUUCUUUUUUUGUCAGUCAGACCGCAUGUUGACAGGCAGUGCCGAUACAUGACACUGCUGUUGUGCUAGACCGCCAGCUAGGUGAUGACAGGUUGAGGUGGGACACCUAUGCAGACAGACAGAAAGUUAACAGGACACCUGUACUGAAAGGAAGAAAAGGAAGAGCAUUAUCAGCCAUCAUCAUAAGUCUGGAGAUUGAUCGGUGGCCAGUCGAUAGCAGUUGCCAGGAAACGGUGUUGUGUGUCAAUCGCUCAUCUCCUCAUCAUCAAGGGUUGUUUAGUGGGGUGGGGGGCGGGGGCUUGGCGGACACAGCUAAUCAGCGUUAAAAGCACCCCGCAACCCCCUCCCCUGUCCUGCUCUUCCAUCGGUCCUACAGCCGCAUCACUGAGUGCUUUGACAGUGUAGCGUCUGGACAGGUUCAGAAUAUGCAGACUCAUCGCACUAGACACAAAGUUACGUAUGGAGCUCUCCUUUAUCCACCCUCCUUUUCUCUUCCGAAACCUCCGCACAGAGAACCCACAGGGAGUUAACCACUUCAAAGCUGAAGCAACCACUUCAAAGUUGAAAAGAGUAUCUAAGUUUGAUUCACUUGAAAUUACAGACUGGGAGAUUCAGCAGUUUGAGAGAUUCUCUGUAAUGUGACAGACAUUGAACGUAAUGUAGUUCAUUGUCUCGAGACGACAAGCAGAAGAGAAAAGCUGAAAGGUCAGGAAAGAAAUCUGUCGAGGCUGAUUGAUGCGUGUUUCUGUAUUUGUGUGUGUCGAGGUGUUCAGUUAAUCAGCUCUACUCUCCAUAAGCGAGGCCCGUUUUCUGACUGUAAAUCUCCCACACUCCUCCUCUAUCCCCUGCCCUCCCCUACACAUACUCAGCCCAGCCCUCGAAGCCCGAGGGGAUCAUAAUAACAACAAUGGCCUUCUCUCUCUCUCUCUUUCUCCUCCCCCUAUUCUCUCUCUCCAUAACACACACACACACACACACAAACAGAUUAUUGUCUUCCCCAACCCCCCCCCUUUAGGAAAGUAGUCCAGGCCAAGGUCCAGCGGCACACAGCAGAGCCUGUUUUUAGAUCCAUCUCCUUGUUCAGCAACAUUGAACACUAGUGAAGGAUACACUUUAAAAUGCUGUACCUGUCAGGUCUCGGCCACAUUCAGAUUUAAAAUUCUUUUAUGUUAACGCCUUGUUCAUUUUGAAGUGCAGGGCCCUGAUGCAAAGUUUAGGUUGAGUUAGGACAUUGCUGAGCUUGUCUGAGCUUUCAUCUCUCUCAGGAUGUGUUUCUGUAAACACUGCAUGUUAAACCUUCCUCACACAACCCUGCUGUUCUGACUCUGGGUUUAAUACACUUCUUAUUUUGUCUUUCAUUUGAAUGAAUGUUUCAAAUCUCCACUUUCAUUCAGAAGGCAGGUAUUCUUCUAGCUGUGUCUCUGCACUUUUUGUGUUCCAGCUUCCUGCGAUCAGCGUCUCCCUACACCUCCUUCAAGCCACAAUCUUCCAAAAGUCAUUGCAUCAGUCCUGUGCAAAGUAUGAGCUCUGACGAAGACAUAGAUCAAUAAAUAACAGACUGAAAAGAUAAAAGCAAAAGAGAAAAAAUGAAAAAAAAAAAUCUGUCCAUUGUGACAUACAGUAAGACUGUGUUCCGUCUCUCAACUCUGCGGCUUAUGAUGGCCCAAAGAGUGCAUCUCACCUUGCUCACUGAACCCAUCCACUCUGAAACCACUCAUUUCAAAUCACCACUUGGCUAACUCAAAGACUCACCGCAGGGAUGAAACCGAAAAGAUGGCUGACAAAUGACUUUCAGCUUCUGUGUCGUCGCAUUUCCCCCCAGAUGAGUGCAGUGGAUCAGCUCUCGUUGUGCUUCAGACAGGCAUCCAGACUGUUGAGCAGCCCACUUAAGAAAACUGUUUUAAUCCACUUACUGCAGCUAAAGUAGAGAGUAGAUUUUGUUGGAUUCAUUCAGUUCUGUAGUGGCAUCUCACACUUGAUCUUCUCUCUUCAUUACUACUUGAGUAUGGAGAAAAAAAAGUAUAAAAAAAAAAAAAAGUGGCAGUCAAUCAAAACAGAUGAGGUUAUUGUUUGUCUUUGAUAAUUUGUCUCAUUUUGAUUUUAUUUUGUGCAUUUUUCUCUUCGAACUUGAUAUGAUAUUUUUUUUUUUGUUAAUAACAUUCCAAUUAGUUUUUUUUGAUUGGUUGUUAGUGGGGUUUUUUUUCAUAGAAAACUGUAAGAUUUUAUACAUUUGUGUUGUGUGUUCACCUCUAGUUGAGUGUGUUAACAAGCCAUGCUGGACAUGUACACAUUAAAAAUUGCUCUAAAAAUA